AUGCUUCGCAGAAGACCAGGAUUGCCAACAGUGGCCUUAUUAAUAUACAUGGAAAACUACAGAAAAGGUAAAAAUGUGGAAGAACAAUUGGAAAGGGAAAAAAUACCAAUUCCAGGUCUCCCUUCAGAAUUUAUUUGGAUGCAGGUAAGUGGUGGAAGUAAAAUGAGGAAUCUUCUUGGAUAUGCUAUGAAUGCAUUUCAAGAUCAGAAGGCUAUAGUUUGGAGUGGUUCAGGGCCAGCUGUUAGCAAGACGAUAAGUUGUGCAGAAAUAGUAAAGCGCCGUUAUAAACAUGUUCACCAGAUCAACAAGAUAUGUUACCGCCGAGUUGAAGAAUAUUGGGAACCACUUCUGGAAGAUUUGGAUCCUUUGGUAGUUGUGAGGGAUGUUCCUACAAUACAUAUUCUCCUAUCAAAAGAACCAUUAGAUAGUGAAGAACCUGGUUAUCAACCAUCUUCUACACAACGAAUAGCACUCCCUUCGAAGAAAGUAGAGCAUAAAGGAAAUAACCAAUCACACAGGAAGCCUCGGACACAUUGUGUGCUAGGACAAUUUGCUCCUAAAGCAAGUGGAUCAUCAAGAAAAUCUCAAAAAAGUGUAAAUGAUGCUGUGAGCUCUAAGUUGAGUGAAAAUCAAACUCUUGAUAGAGAAGCAAAUAAGUGAACUGUUUUACUGACAAGAUUCUGUGAUGAAACCAAAUUUGUAUUUCUGUAUAGAAAAUAAUAUUGACUUACCUUCUGUUCUAGAAAGUGAAUGGCUAUUAUCAAUGUGCUUGUACUAAAGAAAUGUGUAUGUGAUCAAGAAAAUUAUGAUCAGAUUUAUAUAACUGAGAUAUAUAACCUGUUACAUGAAAUCUUAUUAAAUGUGAGGAAGUAUUUUUCAAGCCGCUACUGCAUUAUAUUUCUUGUAACCUUAGUUGGCUCGUUAUGUUCGAUUCAAGAGAAUGUUUGUCACUCAAGGUAAUUUUUGAUGAGGACAUUCUAGUACGAACUCUCUCUUCUUCUACAUAUUAAUUGUUAGUGGUGAGAAGUUCAUGCAAGCUUUUAGCUUAAAAUAGGCAUACAGAUAUGCCACUUAACAUGUUGAAAUGUGAUUUGAAAUCAUUAAAAUAUGCAGCAGUUUGUUACAGAAAAAAUUUUGCAAUGACAGUCACAUCUUAUUAAAGAAAGAGGGUAUAUGUAAAUCAGAACAAAAAAAAAAAAGAUUAUCUACUUUUGUACAUUUUAUUUUGCAUUAAGAAUUCAGAGUAUCUUAAUUGUGUUAAGAUUCCCAAAAUAAUAAUAAGCUGGAACCGACCCAGUCAUCUCCUGCCAAUAAAACCCAGUACCCAUUGACUCAUGUACAGGAUUUCAUUGGUGGAGAUGUCUGCGUCAUCCCCAACUUCAUAGUUAUUAUUUUGUAGACCACAGAUCUUGAGGGCACUUUCUUACACUUCUUGAUAAAGGAACUUUACUGUGAGAUGCUGCAUCCUAGGCAUAAUAGUCAAUGUUGUGGUUGCUGUACUACAACCUACCUUAGGGUGAAAUUAUAUGCCCUGAGGAAGGUCACAGUAAGACAGUUGAAACUUAGGCAACUGUGCCUAGGGCACAGCAUCUCCAUCAGCCAAGUUUCUAUUGACUCUGGAUAUAGAAGUCUAACUCUUUCACUGGGUGAUAUAUUAUCAAAUUUGACUUUGCUGGCUCUGGCUGUCAGUUAUGUUUUUUUUAUAACCUGGUUGUGCCUCUUGAUUACUGAUUACAUAUUCCAUUUGAAUAGGAGUAUCACAAGCUCUUUUGCCAUAAUGAUGUCCCCCAUAGUUUACUGAAGAAGAGUUUUUGUUGUUUUUUCAAGCAAUGUAGCUUAUUUGUCACUAACUGUAUAGUUCUGUUAUUUUGGAAAAAAAUAGUACUUUUGGAAAGUUUUAAUGUCAAUAUUUAAGUUAAUUUUGUAUGAAUCUUAAAAUCAAAUAAUUGUUGGUUCAAUGGUUCAGGCAAAAUUCAUCUUCUGAGAAAUUCUUUAAGGUAUCGACCUUAUGAUUGGUGCUAAAACUGUGAAAUGAUACUUAUUAGAAACGUAAAUACUUUAUAUUUUACAGGGCCACAAGACUUUGUUGCAACUUCAUGUUUACUUUUAAAAUUUCUUGCUCCUGUAGUAUAAAUCAAGGGAGUUACAUUAUGAAUAACAAUACGAGUAGUAAAAAUGACCAAACAGUUGAUAGUUAUGAAAACUGAUAUGCAGGCCUAAGUUCAAAUUCUGACAGGUAUAGUAUUGUCAUUUCAUUCCUGGUUAUUGAGGAAAUUAUUCUGGUUUGCUUAAAGAGAAUGACAGCCUGAGCAAGACCCUUCAGAUUAUAUUGGACAAAUGGAACAGUUUUGACUUCAUUAUACAUCACACGUUUAUCAAUUUUAAUGAUUCAAUAUUUGGACAUAGUUGUGCUAACAUUUUAUUUACGUAAAACUACAUAAUGAUUGAAGAAAGAUAUUUAGUUUAGAGAAUGAGAUUGUUUUGUUAUUGGGAUUGUUAUUAAACUGGAGCAUUAUUUUCACAUACAAAUUGGUUCCACACAAGAAAAAUAAUGUUCAGAAUUAUAAGUCUUCUAAUUAGUGUUUCUGUGUCUUUUUCAAGCAACCACUUUCAUCUUGUAAAAUAAGUACUUCAAGAUCAAGUUAAUACUUUUCUGAUAAAGCUCUUACGUUUAAAAAUUCCAUUUAGACAAUUUGAAUAAUUAUAUUAAGGAUGGCUAAAACAUCCCUCUGUAUAAUUUACUUCAGUAAAUUUGUACGCGCCAA